AUGAUAAACUUUAUCUAAAAAUAUACAGAAUCUUCAAUAAUUCCUUCGUUAUCAGACUUUAUAAGAAUACCUAAUUUGAGUCCAUAGUUUGAUAAUUAGUGGUAAUAAAAUAAAUUACUUGAGAGAGCUUGUAAUCAUAUUGUUAAAUGGAUUGAAAAUGAAACAGUUGGCUUACAAAUAGAAAUAAAAAUAAUGUAAAUAGAAAAUGCUCCAAGUUGCAUUGCUGUCAAAUUUUUAGGCAAUUAAUAACAUAAUAAAACUAUUUUAUGUUAUGGACAUUAUGAUAAAUAACCACAUUUUGUUGGUUGGAAAUAUGGUCCAACCACACCUAUUUUAGAGAAUAAUAGAUUGUAUGGAAGAGGAUCUUCAGAUGAUGGAUGUGUACCAUAUGCAAUUAUAGCAGCAAUAAAAGCAUUAAAAGAAUUUAAAUAAAAUUAUCAUGAUUGUUACUUAAUCGUAGAAGGAGAAGAAGAAAGUGGAAGUCAUUAAUUAAUAUAAUACAUCUAGAUGUUAAAUUUAAUAAAAAUAGAUCUUAUGAUUGCAAUAGAUUCAGGAAUUGUCGAUUAUGAUAGAUUAUGGAUUACAAAUUCUAUGAGAGGAGCAAUUACUUUUGACAUAAAAAUAAUUUAAACUGAGAAUCCCUUUUAAUAUUUAAGAAUUUUGUUAAAUAAAUUAGAAAAUUCUGUUACAGGUGAAGUCAAUUCCAAAUUCUAAACAAUAAUAUCUAAAAAUAGCCUUGAAGAAUGCAAAGCAACAGCUCAUUUAGUUCCAUUAGAAUUCCCAAUGAUCUGUGAUAAAAUGGAAAUUGAUCAUAUUUAAUAAUACAUAAACAGAGCUUGGAAACCUUCAGUUUCUUAUAUAGGAGGUUUAGAAGACUUGGAUUAAUAUAAUGAUACAUUAACAAUCAGAAUUUCUAUGAGAUUGCCUCCUAAUAAGGAUGCUUAAGAAGCUUCAGAAUAAUUAAUAGAAUUAUUAACUACCUAAUAAAGCAAGAUUGAAAUAAUAUAAGCAAAAACAGGCUUAGCUGUUAAAGCAUUUAGUAAUGAACUCAAAAAUAUAUUAAAUGAUGCAUCAUUUCAAUAUUUUUCAAAUGAAAUGAGAAUGUUUCAUGAAGGAGCAUCAAUUCCAUUUUUAAAUUCUUUACAUUAAUUAUAUCCUGAAUCUUAAUUUUUAAUAUUAGGAGUUUUAGCACCUGAUUCAAAUGCUCAUGGUCCAAAUGAAAAUUUAAAUAUUGAAUAUUUCAAUAAAUUAAUUGGUUGUUUAGCAUAAAUAUUCACCAGUUAAAACAUCUGA